AUCCUAGGAAGGAAUAAUAGAUAUAUUUGAACAGAUAAUGUUUAUUGAGAGGUGAUGACGUGGAUUUUUCUGGACCUACCAUAGUUAAUGAUUCAGUUUGCUUUGUAAUACAUAUGAAAAGUCCUUAACCUAGACUGUGUGUGCAAUGUAUUUGCAGCAAAGUUCACAGUGAGAAUAGUUGACUCCUUUCCGACUCUAAUAUAUGAUCAUUGCAACAAUUAUAUUUUCUCCAAGCAAGCUAUCCAACUUUGACUCAGAUCGACUUAACAUGGAAUAAUUCUUCAAAAUGUCAGGUGUAGUCCCCACAGCUCCUGAACAACCAGCUAGUGAAAUGGAAAAGCAAAUAAAGUCACAAGAUCCAAGACCUGAUGCCCCUCCUGGCUACAAUUCCCAUUUUGUUCCAGGGCCCCCUAGACCAGCUGUCUUUCCAUCAGCAGGCUGUCAAGGAGGCUUGCCUAUGGGAUACUACAGUCCACAACAGCCCAGCACCUUCCCUCUGUAUCAGCCAAGUGGUGGUAUCCAGACUAUUCAGUAUCAGCCUGGAAAAUAUCCUUUGCCAAAUCAGUGUGCCCCAAUAACAUGGAUGCCAGCGCCGACUCCUAGGCCAGACUGCCCACCUGGUCUGGAAUAUUUAGCUCAGUUGGACAACAUACAUGUUCUCCAGCAUUUUGAGCCUCUGGAAAUGAUAACAGGCUUUGAAACUAAUAAUAGAUAUGAUGUUAAAAACAACUCAGACCAGAUGGUUUACAUUGUAAAUGAAGAUAUGGAAGACUUCACCAGGAAUGCUUAUCGGACACUGAGACCCUUCGUCCUCCGGGUCACUGACUGUAUGGGCAGAGAAAUUAUGACAAUCCAGAGGCCCUUCAGGUGCACCUGCUGUUGCUUCUGUUGUCCCUCAGCCAGGCAAGAGCUGGAGGUACAGUGUCCUCCUGGCGUAACCAUUGGCUAUGUUGCAGAGCACUGGAACCUGUGCAGGGCCGUUUACAGCAUCCAAAAUGAGAAGAAAGAGAGUGUGAUGAGAGUGCUUGGGCCGUGCUCAACCUAUGGCUGUGGUUCGGAUUCUGUUUUUGAGAUCCAGUCCCUCGAUGGUGUGUUUAACAUCGGUAAUAUUAUUAGGAAGUGGAAUGGUCUGUUGUCGGCCAUGGCAGAUGCCGACCACUUUGACAUUCACUUCCCGUUAGACCUGGAUGUGAAGAUGAAAGCCAUGAUCUUUGGAGCCUGCUUCCUCAUUGACUUCAUGUAUUUUGAAAGAUCUCCAGAACAAAAUUCAGGAAGCCAGAGGGACACAGCAAAUCAACAAUGAAUGGUUAAUUUAAAAAAUUUUUAAAAACUGGAUUGGACUUACAGUCAACCCUCAAGUUAUUUGCAAGUAUAUUUCUCUGCUUUGCAGAUUUUUUUAUAGGAUGUUGGCUUUGACAAGUAGGCUGAGAGUAUGGGUGCAACAACACAAAAUAAAUGUGUGUUUCAAUUGAGGAUCUGUCUACUUGGUAGACAGGAGUUCACCCUGAAAAAGCGCUAACUCAUUAACCAAGUACACAGAGACACAAUAGGCUUGAAAACACUGUAAACAUGAGAUAAGGGAAAAUGCGUUCCAGAGCUCUUACGUUCCUAGGUAGUGAAAAAGUUGGCUUUGGGGAGCCUUCUUGUUGGAAUAGAGGAAUGUGGUUUCCAUCUCCAGCCUUCUCCUACCCUCUCCUGUCUGUCAGCAUGGCCUGUCACUGAAGACAGACUUGAUUCCAGAUGAGGACAAUGAUACUCUUCGUCUUUAAAAAACAAAAGGAAGGAAGACAGAAAUAUUCUUUUUGUUGUACAAGGACGAUUUUACUUGCACUCGUAUAUCAAAACCUCCUUUUGCAAAGCUUAUAAACUUUGAUUCUAUUACAAAAUCAAACGUAUUAUUUUUUAUCAUAAGAUGUAUAGGUUCCAUGCCUAUUGCCUCAUUCAUUAUCAAGGACAAUCAGGAGCUGUUUAUAUAUGAUAACAGGAUCAGACUAUCAGGAGAAGAGCUGACCGUAGUCAAACAAAAUCUCUGAGCAAUUAGGGACCUCAGGGCUCUUACAAGAAGCUUGCAUUUAAUACGUUUAACCUCUCUGGGUCACUGAUGCCUUAAGUAUAAAUUAAGAAGUUUGGCCUGCUCUCUGAGACUGCCUGUGACUUCUUUGUCUCUCAUUUGAUGUGACACAGAGAAGGAGAUACGUUUGUAUUUUUCAAGAAGAUCCUUGAUAAUUACUGUGCUGUUCUAAGGGCAAGAGUCGGAGUUUUGUUUUCAAAUGUUUUAAUGUGACGUCCUGUGUAGCACUUUAUAAAAGUGAAAACUACAAAUUCUCACGUGGCUUAAUAUUGCUUCACUGCUUUUUGUUUACAUGAUAGAUAAAUCUGUAUCUUUCCCAAGAACAAAAUGAAAUGGAGCAGUCAUGCUGUUUCUCUGUGAUCCACAGCUUAUCAGUAAAGAUUAUAUAGGAUCUAUACGGUGACAGAUAACCAUAUCAAUUGUACUUGUUUGUAUUAACUACAAGCAUAGUGUAUAAAUGAAUAUAUUCUAAGUAACUUACCUUUAUUGCACUUUAGCUACCUAUCUGGACAUGGACUGUAUUCUUUCAACACAGCCAAUACGUGGAAUAGAAAUACAUUCUUCUGCUCGGUAUUAAAUUAAAAAAAGCCUGAGUAUUCUGUACUGUGGUUUUUCUGAGAUGGGGGCCUUAGCCCACAAUUCGUUUUUAAGUAAAAGAAAGAUGCCUCAUUUUUGAGUUAUAUUCAAACUUUCAUGGUAAAAGUUUCUUGUAAUGUUAAUUUUUAUAUGCUACUAAAAAAAAAUUUAAAGCCGUUGCUUUCUAAAAUAGUAAUUCUUCUGCCUUAUAUUUGGAAAUGCAGUUGCAAUCUUGAACAGACACAUAGAUUGUUUCCUGUAAUGAUGUAUGACAUUUUAUAUAGAAAAUAAGACAAUAAGUAUUCAAAAAUUUUAGCUAUAUAAACGUUUCAUUUUUACUUACCUGCAUUCCGGAGAUUCAAAGACCUGCUGCAGAAUACUAAGAAUAUAUAUAUUUAGCACAAGAUGUAACGUUUUGAAUUUCUGCUUAAAGUUUUUGUGGUGUUAACAUGUCUUUUGCAGUGACAUUUUUCUAUUUCUUUAAAAAAAAAAUACCAUGUAGCAUAUAUUUUUAUACUGUACUUCAUAUUAUAAUUCCAGUAUUUCUUAAUGGUAUUUCAGUGGGUGGAA